CAUGUCGGGAAAUCGAAGUUUCCGCAUUCCACAGAACCUUCCCACAAAGGCGAGGAAAUGCUUGAUCUCACCGGAUCAACGACCGGCAGCUGGUGGCGUAGCACCAGCAGCGCCGGCAACAAACCCGGCAAAUUUCCGGGCACCGGUCGCAGUUCGUACCAGCAAACGCAAUGAUGAAUUAAGUACGAAACUGAUGGAGUUAGACAACACGCUGCUGAAUGCGGUCGAUUUGGCCAGCAUUGAGCAACAGAUCGAACCUUCGAAGCCACGUACCUCAUCGGAUGGCAAUAUGAAACGCGGCGCAGCGGAUCAAUCGAUCAGAUCGUUUCAUAAACGUUCCAACUCAUUAGGAGCCAUUGAGAGUAGAAUUGUGGCCAGUACACCGAAACGGCGAAAAUCAGCUGCUAGUAGCCGCCAGAUUUAUGUGCUACAAAUGAGCAUGGACGGAGGCGAGGUGAGUGAUGAGGAGAGGGACAGUGGUUGUAAUGAAAAUCAGCCAUCGAAUCGAUCAAACGUUGUGAACGAGGAAAUUCCAUCGGUUCAUCAUCUGUGGUCCGGGCUGGAAGACGACGAUGAUGAAUUCCUCCGAGAGAUGCUACCAUGCGGGCAGGAACAGAUCGCCAGUCAUGAUCAAGUUGAUACGGACGAAAUAAUCAAGGAUAAACUGAGGCGGAUCGGGUCGUCCAAACCAGUAACGCAUGUCGGUGACCUGCUGCGUGAGGGCAACGGGUUCGAGGUGUACACGAACCGGGACAUCUGUUCGCAGUACAUGCGGCUAGACCAGUCCCUCGUGGACGAAGGUGUGGAGCGAAUCGACGCGAUCGGUGCAUCACAAAUGGGUCAUCCGGAGCGUCCGUCACAGAUCCAACAGGUAGCCGACGAAGCCGAACGGGCCUUCGAGCUGCAACAGGUGAGCGAAGUGCAGCGGAUUUUCGAAAACUGUGAACGUACACUGCACGACAUGACCAACAUCGAGCCGAUGGCGGUGGCGAUCGAUGAGGGAAGCCCGCGGAUGAGGGCCAGCAACUCGACCCUAGCGGCCAUUAAUUGGGAUGAGGAAAUUUCAGACCAGACUACCAAGCCAAAAUCUACCGCACCCCGCGUAUCGUCGCUUUUCCUCGAGAAGGGUCCGUUCUUUGGGCUACCGAGCAACGUUCAGCGAAUCCUGCGAGACUUUCGUGGGAUUGGCGAGCUGUACGAUUGGCAACAGGAGUGCCUGGCGCUGCCGGCGAUCCCCGAGAGACGUAAUUUGAUCUACGCAUUGCCCACGAGCGGCGGAAAGACGCUGGUGGCGGAGAUUCUUAUGCUACGGGAGAUUAUUUGCCGGCUGCGGAACGUCAUGUUCAUCGUGCCGUACGUUUCACUCGCUCAGGAGAAGGUGAUCGCGCUCAGUCCGUUCUCAAUCGAGCUGCAGUUUCUGUUGGAGGAGUACACCGGCGGAAGGGGACAAUGUCCACCACGGAAACGGCGCAAGAAAAACACGAUUUUUGUUUGUACGAUCGAAAAAUCGCUUCUCCUCAUGGACUCACUCAUCGAGGCGGAUCGGGCGAACGAGAUCGGGCUGAUCGUGAUCGACGAACUGCACAUGAUCGGAGAGCAGCGACGCGGGGCCAGUCUAGAGAUGCUGAUCACAAAGGUGCAGUCGCUGCGGGCCGGAAUUCAGAUCGUGGGAAUGAGUGCCACUAUCGGGAACUUGGGUGAAGUGGCACGUUUCAUGUUGGCCGACGUUUACUGUCGCGACUUCCGGCCGGUAGAGUUGAAGGAGUACGUCAAGUGUGGGGACGAUCUGUUCGAGGUGCGCGGCCAGGCCGAACGUAUGGAUGACGUGUUCGGGGAGAAGCGACGGUUGGAGUUUAACUACAGUGAGGAACUGCGACGGAUCGAUCAGGACCAUGUGAUCGGUCUGAUCAUGGAGGUAAUUCCUGAGAGUUCGUGUUUGGUGUUUUGUCCUACCAAAAACAAGUGUGAAAGUUUGUGCGCCAUGUUGGCGAACAAGUUGCCGGGUUCGUUUGCCGAGCACCGGGCAGAGGAAAAAGCACAGAUUAUAAAGUCCCUCCAAGACGAUGGGUCCGUUGCACCCAUCCUACCGCAGUCGUUCCGUGUCGGAGUCGCUUACCAUCAUGCUGGGUUGACGCAGGACGAGCGGCGCACGAUCGAGGAUGCAUUCCGGGCCGGCAUCCUUUCGCUGAUCGUGUGCACUUCAACGCUGGCCGCCGGUGUGAACCUUCCGGCGAAGCGAGUGAUCAUCCGGUCGCCCUACAUUGGGACGGGUUUUCUAACGCUCAGUCGCUACAAACAAAUGGUUGGCCGGGCCGGGCGUGCGGGUUUCGGCGAGACCGGCGAUUCCAUACUUAUUUGCGCUCAGCGCGAUAUACCGCAGGUUUGCGAGAUGCUCUGCUCACCGAUGGACGUCGCCGAGUCGUCGCUCAUCGAAGACGAUCGGGCCUGCUUCAAAUCGCUCGUACUCAGCUCGAUCGGGCUCGAUCUUAGUGUGACACGGGAUGCGCUGCAAGCGAUGGUUGGAAGUACGCUGCUUGCGCAGCAAGCGAAGCGACGCGGAAUCGAUCUCGAGGCCAUCACCGACGAAACGAUCGUGCAGCUGUACCAGGGCAAUGCGAUCAAGGCAACGCACGAUAGCUGUCUGCGCAAUCCACCGAACAUGGUAGUGGAAAUCAGUGGCGCAGGUGGUGCCCAUAACAUCCCUGUCACCGGUACGGCCCCUAUGCCCGGGGAUGAACGAUCGGAGGUAGCGGUGGGACAGGCGUUCAUUCGAGUACACAAGACACCGUCCCGUCCGGGUAAGGUUAUCAAAACGAUCGAUCGAACGAGCCCGCUGGAAGUGAACCGACUGGGCAAGGCGGCCAUCCGUGCCGGGUUCGACAUGGAGCGAGCGGUCCGGUUCUACGACGAGAUGCAGGAACUAGGCAAACGACUGUGUGUGCUCGAUGAGUUCGAUCUGUUCUUCCUCAUUCUGCUGGAGGACGGACGGGAAGUAUAUCUCAAAAUGGAUGAUUUGAUCGUUCUGACCACUAAACUCUCGGAUGAACUGCUGAAAAUCGCCGCACGGUACAACAUCAAUAACGUGCUAAUAGCUAAAAUUCUUGCGCGCCGCACCGUACCCGAAGAGGCAAUGUUCCGGGUGCAGCGUUUCUUCCGUGUGCUGAUCGUGCACGACCUAUGGAGGCAAAUGGGUCUCCAGGAAGUUGCCCUCAAGUACCGCGUGAACGCGGGUGCGAUUCAGAGCCUCAUGACCAGCACAGCCGGGACGGCGUACAGUUUGCUGCGGAUGUGCGAGGAAAUUCCGGAACUGUGGGCGUUCAAGCAUUUGCUGACGGGCAUGACCGAACGGUUGACGCACUACUGUAAGCUCGAGCUGAUGCCACUGAUGGAGCUGCCCUCGGUGAAGCUGGGUCGUGCCAAACAGUUGUACCGGGCCGGAUACACCACGCUCGCCUCGAUAGCCCGUGCCAAAUCGAAGGAGCUGGUAGAAACCAUCGAAUACAUGAACUACCGCACGGCGAACCAUUUGAUACUGAGCGCGAAGGCGAAACUUAUGGAACAAGUUGAUGCACUACGCGAACAGGCAGAAGAGUAUCUCUCGCAGCUGAAUCGUUGAUCUUGUUUUCCUCAUCCUUGUAGCGGUGAGGAAUAUCAAAGAUCCACGCAUCACCUCGCAUCAGUUAGCUGAAAGUAGAUAAAAAGGACUAAACGUAGGUAGAACUAUUGACUAAUUGCCAAAACGGUAGCAAACGUAGGGUUGCAGGUUAGCUUAUGAAGCUUCCCGCACCAUGCACGGGCAGAUGUGAGCAAAGUCGUGAUCUCUUGUUGUUGAAUUAAGUAUGUUUCUCCAUGUUUUCUUGAGAUGAAUUAUUUAUUUUGGACUAGAAAGACUUGUUCUUUGAACUACCCGGUGUAAUAUUUCCAUUUUUUGUUUUCUUUAUUUCAUCAAGUAAAAGUAAGUUAAAUUAUAA